GAGUUGCACUAUUUGGGUAUGGGCAAUGCGAUGUUGCAAACGCUUUGAAGCGUCAGUUAGUUCUUUCUUCUAAUUGGUCGAUCAAACGCUUCAAAGUUUGUAGUGAGACUUCAACAGUUCGACCACAACCUUUGUAUAUACUGCGAUAUAUGUCAUCGACAAGAUACUCGUUACCCGUUGGCCCAUCGGUGCUUACAUUUAAGAUCCUGAUGCACGGGUGAGAAGGCGUGCGAUUCCUUCGUUACAAGGAGGAUCGGACUUCAUUGAACGAAAAAAACAUUGAACGAAUAAAAGGUCGAUAAGAUGCGUCACAUCGAAUGCGUCGCUGCCAGUCCGUGAAUCGUUCGACGUUCGCAGUUCGCUCUAACCUUCCGCGUUUUUAACGGAUUGCUUCGACGCUCGCAAAGAUCCCGACUUCGAAUCUCUUCACCCUACGACUCCGCGGUAGACAGACCUUCUCGUCGCAUUUUUUUUUCAUGAAUCGCAACGAAAUCGGAAAUAUGUCUGAUCAGUUAGCCGAAUCUGUGGAGGACGACAGCUCCGUCACAAUGCUUGAUGUUCUCCAGGUAGAAAAUCAGCUUGAAGAGGAUGCAUAUGCCGUUCUAGGCGCAUCCGACGACCAGAAUUGUACUUACAGUAAGGGAUAUAUAAGACAGGCGUUGUACGCGUGUAAAACAUGUUGCUUAGACAAAAUUCGAGCUGCCGUCUGUUUGGCAUGUAGCUUUCACUGUCAUGAAGGCCAUGAACUUGUAGAACUGUAUACAAAGCGACAUUUCAGAUGCGACUGUGGAAAUACUAAGUUUGAUGGCAAACAAUGUAAUCUAGAGAAACUAAAAUCUGCUAUCAAUACUGAAAAUAAAUACAAUCAGAAUUUUGAUGGUGUUUAUUGCAUCUGUGCAAGACCAUAUCCUGAUCCAGAAGGUGAUGAAGAUGACAUGCUACAAUGUAUAAUAUGUGAAGAUUGGUAUCAUUUGAAGCAUUUGGAAUGUGAUAACAAUGCACCAGCAGAUAAUGCUUAUGAUGAAAUGAUAUGUGCAGGCUGUAUGAAGAAACACAACUUUCUGUGGAAAUAUGCAACGAAACAUGCAGUAGUCCUAAAGAAAGCAGAUGUGAAAUUGGAUGUAUCUGAAAAAAAUGAAGAAAUAAACAUCAGUGAGUUGUCCAAAGGAUGUCAAAUGCCAAAAUUUAGCUGUGCAGAUACUAAAGGAAGCUGUUUUUGGAUAGAAGGUUGGAGAACCGCACUGUGCACUUGCGACGAAUGCAAAUCAUUAUAUAAUGCAAAAGGCAUUGCAUUUUUACUUGAUCCAAAAGACAGUGUACAAGCAUAUGAGGAAGCAGGAAAAAUGAAUAAGCAGGAAUCUCAAUACGAAAAAGGCAUGAAAGCUCUUGCUAGCAUGGGACAUGUACAAAAGCUGACAGCGAUUGAAGAAUAUAACAAUAUGAAAGAACGGCUAAUGCAAUACCUACAGAAGUUUGCUGAAAACAAGAAAGUUGUACGUGAAGAAGAUAUUAAAGAAUUCUUUUCGGAAAUGGAAUCCAAAAAACGCCCUAAAGUGACAGUGCCAACAUAUUGUCGUUAAAAACUUAUAUUUAUACAAGGUGUCCCACAAUUUUUGGCAAAGCGCUUUUGUGUUGCUAGAGCGAACUAAACUGAGUCAAAAAGUUCUAUACUGUUUUGCAAUUUUUGAAAUAGUUAAUGAAAAUUUAAGAAAGUAAUCAAAUUCGUUCGGUUUACCACCAAAUAUAAGCAGACUGCGAGAUAAGCCCAACGAGGCGCGCUGUCACUAGGUAUGUUAAUGC